CUACUCCAGAGAUUCAAUCAACAUCUCAAUGAAGUCUUUGUCAAAAUCAUUCCUUAACAUAACAGGAUUAUAAAAGAUCGUUCUGCGAGCAAAAACUCGAGUGGAGUGGAAGUUUGCUCUCAAGAUGCGAUUCGAACUUUUUUCAACGGUUUUCGUUAGUUACUUAGCUGGUUUAUGUGCUGCCGAAGAUGUUCAACCUGGAACGAUGACUUGGGCAGAUAAGCUUAAAAAGGACCUGUUCGUGAACUACGAUCGGACUAACCGGCCAACGCAACACUACAAUGUGACCAACGUCAAAGUUGGAAUGUCCGUCAGACACAUUGACAUCGACGAAGUGUCCUCAAUUUUCACUGUCAGCAACUGGAUCAAUAUGGAAUGGACAGAUGAAAAGCUAAGGUGGAAUCCUGAAGACUACGGUGAUCUCAAAAUCAUUCGAACUAGUGCGGAAAGCAUCUGGAAGCCGGAUCUUCUUUUGUACAAUAACGCAAAAACCUCCAACAUUGAUCACUUUGGCUUGACGGACGUAUUGAUUUACAACGACGGAAAAAUCUUGUGGGUUCCUCCGACGGAUUUUCAUACCUUCUGUCGGCUGAACCUUCGUCUGUGGCCGUUUGAUCAGCAGACUUGUCACGUCAAGCUUGGAUCGUGGGUUCACGACGCGUUGAGCCUUAAUCUUACCUUGAAUACAAAACCCAGGGUUGACACAACUGAUGAUGAAAGCGAAGUGUGGACUAUUCAAAACAUAACUGUAAGACACAACACGGUCACUUACGAAUGCUGUCCCGAGCCCUACGUUGAUGUCGAGUACUUUUUCACCGUUAAAAGGACUUCUUCCUGCUACGUAGUCGUUGUGAGUCCAAUCAUACUGAUUUUACUAUUGACGCUGUCCGUGUUUUGGUUACCUCCUCACUGCCCUGAAAAGAUCGUCCUCAACGGAAUAGUCAUGAUGAUCGCGACAGCACUUUUGAUCUACUUUUCCAUUCAGCUACCCAUCCGGUAUGGAAACGCCCCUCUAGUUGUGAUCUUCACCAUUACCACGUUGUUCCAGACCGCCUUCGGAGCAACCCUCUCCGCGAUCGUAAUCAAAAUUUGUCGAAUCAAGCACACCCGACCGGUUCCACGACUGCUCAGAAGAGCGCUACUGGAAGGCCGUUUAGAAUCGAUGCUGGAGUUGGGAUGCACUUUACUGCCGCCGUACGAGGAUAAGGAAAUCGAAGGAAAUCAGGAAGAGAUUGUAGACGUCGCGAUACGGGAUUGGUGCCGGCUGGCUGGAUUGCUGGAUAGGGGGAUAUUUGCGAGUUAUCUUGUGAUGUUUUGCAUUGCGUUUGUAUGGUGUGCUGUUUAG